AUGCUGACAUUAUUGCUCUUACUCGGAACGACACUUGCCCAGAAUAUCACGCCAGUUGGGCGCUGCCGCUGUGGCUAUUACGAUGCGAUCACCCAUCAAACAUUCACAGAAUCAAUCAUUGUCUACUUCAACGAGACAACAGAGCUCCCCCAAGAUGUGUUGUCCGUGCAGGAGUAUUCCCACGAGAAGGAGAAAGGCUCUUCUGCCGUUUAUCGGCAAGGUGCUCGAUCGGAGAACGUCAAAAUAGGCAACAGUUCGACCGUGCCUUGGCUCCAAUACAAGGUCAACCCCAAUUCUCUUGAGCUGUUUGUUGACCCCACAACCGAGGACCAUCUUGUGGUCGGCGCUGGGGUCAACUCGCGGAGACAAGAUAUCAUUUUCGGCUCUUUUAGGGCCCGAAUUCAAUCGCCACAGCCCUGGACAGGUGGCAGCGCCUUGUCGAUGAACCUCAUCUUCAAUGAAAGCCAAAGCCUGGAGUUGCAUGCGCUGAAUGCAGAUAAUGCCAGCGAUGCGCACCUGACAUACUUGGUGAAUGGAGAGUACCCUGACCUGCUUCUCAGCACCAACUACACGAGAAUCAGGGAUGAGUCCACACCUCCGGUUUCUCCAUGGGAUUUUAUAAAUGUGCGCAUUGACUGGAUCGAGGAUGCUGUCAAUUUUACUGUGGCAAACAAUGUCACACGCGCCAUUACCAGCAAAGACCGUGAAAUUCCUAGUACGCCAUCUCACCAGGUAUUCAAACACUGGUCGACUGGGGAUGCGAAUUUUAUGCGAGGACCACCCAUAAAUCGCUCUGCUACGAAUAUCGCAUGGAUGCGAUUGUUUUUCAAUUCGUCACUGAUGAACGCUGAAGGACACCGGAGAUUCGAUGCACAAUGUUCAAAGGAGGAAAUCUGUAACAUGGACGAUAUUACGUUGCGGGGCUCAUCAUCCUACGCUCCACAGGCACUGAUACCCUACGAGGAACAACCACGCAACAUUAAAUUCAGGAUUCCUGCCGCUAUUGUCGCAACUAUCGGCGCUUCGUUUGGAUUUGUCACUCUUAUAAAUGCUCUGAUUAGUAGAGGUUCUUGGGACAGGUUUGCGCGGCUGGUCAAGUGCCGAGGGCGAAAACGGUCGUUGGAGAAGCAGCCAGAGGUUCUUUCUAACUCUACAAGUGCCUCAAAUAUUUGUGAACCGGAGUUAUCAUUCGAACCUAGCAGCAGUGCUAGCAAUGGAAAUCAUCACAACGGUUCAUUUGAUUCGGACCCCGAUACAGAUCCACUUGAUUCACAAGGAGCAGCACGAAAUGCAAGCGAUAUCGAAGUCGACAUUAGUCUAGCAAACGCAGAGAACACCAAGCCGUCCAUCCUUGACGGAAUGCCAUCGAGAGGCAGUGUUCAGUUGGACAUCUCCAUACGAAACAGCUCAAUAAAGCAAAAAAUAUCCUCACUGGCCGAUCAUAGAGCUUCACUCUUCCAAUGUCGGACAUCUCUCACUGAGCGCAGGGAAUCCAUUGCAACUGAACGCAACGCUUCUGUUACUGCCCGUGAAGCAUUUCUGAACGGGCGCCGGGCAUCUUUGGGCCAGCGGAUCGGCGCCAUGGUCGAGCACGGAACGUGGCAAUUAGCUCAACGACGAGCUUCCAUCGCAGAGCGAAAAGCAUCGAUGGCAGAGCGCAAGGCGUCACUAUAUGAGCAAGCCAUAGAAGAAUUGGUCACCAGAAUAGAGACUCAAGAAAGAAGGAGAAGCUCUGGCACUGAUCAUGCCAGAUUCGGUCGCCAGAAGUCCCAUUCUUUUAGCGGCAUGCCAUCAGAGCUUGUUGGAAAAGAGCCAACCAUCGAGAUAAAUCCAAAGAGCUUUGAGAUCCUGAAAAUACCAGCGAAGGAGAUUAUGUCCCAACAAAGAGAAGAGGCAAGAAGGGUGCUGUUUAAGAUCGAACAGCCUUCCUUGAUCAAUCCCGAUUAUGUCCUGCGCAAAGACAAACUCGAACAGUCCGGUGACCUCUCAAACGCUACGUCAAAAGUCAUUACUCCCAUUAUGCCGCCCAAGAAACGAGUAGACUACCUCGCCGGUCUUGUCGCGCUGUCAUGUAUCAUUGUGACAUUUGUCCACUUCACACUGACAUUUAUACCAUACGUGGGCGGUUUCGGCACCGGCCAGCAUUACUCGUACGAAGAAUGGGGACGCCGAAUCGCAACACCCUAUUUCCUGGGGCAUACCUGGAUCGGACUAUUUUUCACAACUGCGGCGCGCUUUCUGGCACAGAGAUAUCUUCAGGAGGGCCAAUUGUCCAACAUUGCAAACCGGACAUUACUCCGAGCUCCGCGCAUUCUCAUCCCUGUCGUUAUCAUCGCUAUGAUAGAGUACUUCAUGAUCGAUCUAGGUCUCACUGGUUCGCUGCAGUAUCUCCCAUCGAUAUCUUGGUCAACCUGGCCGCAUGUGAUCAAAUACCCCAAUUUCGGAUACUUCAUUAACUCCAUGAUUGAGCUGGCUUUCCUGAUUCCCAACGCAGCGCCACAAGUGGUGAAUCAUUUUUGCGUUGGUGUUCUCUGGACCAUUCCUGUCCAACUGCAGAAUUCAUACUUGGUUUUGUUAGGCGCCGUCAUGGUCAAGGACAUCAAGAAGCCAUGGAAGCGUCUCGCCUUUUACACCUUCUGCAUUGUCAAUCACUGGUAUGCCCUCUCAUGGGGAUCCUUUUUUUGGCUGGGGCUUGCCGUCGCUGAUCUAGACAUCACCUACAAGUGGAUUAAAUUGCUUCAGGCUCGACCAGUCGUCCACUACCCGUUUCUAAUCUUGAUGUGCAUCAUCGCCAUUGCCGCUCCAACAUUCAACCUUCUACAGGAUCCACUCGGCUAUCCCAUCAUCAGCAGUGAAAGGGGCUGGCAUCCAGAUCAUGAAACAGGCUUGCCCGUGGCUCAGACACCUAGGGCGGGCUAUCCGAAUUAUUACGAGCCUCGAUUGAACACGCUGAUAUUCGCAGGCGCUCUUCAGGUCAUCGUCGAGCUAAGCGCCUGGGUUCAGUGGUUCCUGUCACUGCCUGUAUUCACCUGGCUCUUUCCCCACAUCAUGACGAUCUAUCUUAUCCACGGCUUCGUUUUCUGGAGUCUGGGUGCGUGGCUCUGUGUUACGCUCGCCGUCAGGGGCGUGCCGUAUUGGGGAAACAUGCUCACCGUCGUGAUUGUCUCUUAUUCAGUGUUGAUGCUGGCCGCGGUUCUCCUGACCAUCAUAACGGAAAGGCCGGCUCAGUCUGUAUGUCGAAAUAUGUGGCGCUGGGCUUCAGAAGAGCCGAUCGCUAAGCUCAGCACGCUCUUUCCGUAUCCGAAGGAUCAGUUCUCGAACCGUACCAAGAACGAUCACAAGGACAGUCAGGACACAGAGUGA